GGGGCGGAGGCCACCAAGGAAAGAACUUGAUUGGGAGACAGGGGGGUGAAAGAGGAAAGAGAAGGUGAUGAAGAUGAAGAUGAUGGAAGUGUAGUUAUAGAGGGAAGAUUAGAAAAUGAGGAGCGUAUGUCAUCUCUCUUUUGUAACUACAGCGACUUCUUAAUUUAAUCGUUGUGUAUGUGACAAUUAACUCUUGAAACUUGAAACCUGAGUGUGCGUGUGCGCGGCCGGGCACGGCCUCCGGGCUGAUGAUGUCAGGAAAGUGAAACUCAAGGACUCAUGAGCAAGUACUUCAUCAAUCUCACUCGGAUCAUCACUCUCUCACCCGGGUCAUCACUCUCUCACCCGGGUCAUCACUCUCUCACCCUGAUCAUCACUCUCUCACCCUGAUCAUCACUCUCUCACCGGGAUCAUCACUCUCUCACCGGGAUCAUCACUCUCUCACCCGGAUCAUCACUCUCUCACCGGGAUCAUCACUCUCUCACCCGGGAUCAUCACUCUCUCACCGGGAUCAUCACUCUCUCACCCGGAUCAUUACUCUCUCAUCCGGAUCAUCCCUCUCUCACCCGGAUCAUCCCUCUCUCACCCGGAUCAUCCCUCUCUCACCCGGAUGGGGGUGCAGGGCCUGACCUCGCUGCUGGACAGUGACCGGAGGAUCUACCGGGAGCUGGAGCUCCGGGGGAAGCGGCUGGUGGUGGACGGCUGUAACCUGCUGUUCCAGCUCUACCUGACAGGUCUGGACCAGAACCACGGUGGGGAUUAUGUGGUCUUUGAGGAGGAGAUUGAGAAGUUUGUCAGAGCCCUCAGACUCUGUGAGAUCGAGCCGUACGUGGUGAUGGACGGAGGCGCAGACGACACCAACAACAAGCUUGAAACCUUGAAGCAAAGAGCUGAGAACAACAUCAGGAAGUGCCACCAGGCGGCAGUGGAGGGCACGGAGCAGGGAGUCCUGCCGCUGUGCAGCAAGAUGGUGUUCGUGCAGACGCUGGACCGGCUCCAGGUCCCGCUGGCCCAGUGCUACGGAGAAGCCGACCAGCAGAUCGCCGCGCUGGCCAGCGAGUGGCAGUGCCCGGUGCUUUCCAAUGACACCGACUUCUUCAUUUUCAAUCUCCCAGCAGGACUGCUGCCCAUCCGGCAUUUCCAGUGGAAGUCACUGGAGCGGAGCGGCUCGCGCUGGUACGUCCCCUGUAGGAGCUACCACACUACCCACAUCUGCACCGCCUUCCACAUCGGGUCACAGCUCCUACCCACCUUCGCCGUCUUGGCCGGGAACGACUACGUGAAGUUGUCCAUCAGAUGGGAUCAGUUUGAUCGAACAGGGGGGAGGAAACCACAUCGCCUCAUAGGUCUGCUCUCCUGGUUGAGCGGCUUCCUGACGCCUGAGGAGGCGCUGGAGGCAGCGCUGGGGCUGAUGGGAAACCUGAGCAGCCAGAGGAAGGAGGAGGUGCUGCAGAACCUGACUCUGGAGAUGGAGGCCUACCAGCUGCCUCCCACCUCCCUGGAGAGUUUCUUCAUCCAUGGGAUCACACCACUGACUCCAGCAGUGGGAGAAGAAGUGGGGGUUCGUGUCCCGGACUGGAUGCGGCGUCCUCUGAUGCAGGCCCAUCUGUCUGGAGACAUCUUGAAUGUCCUGCAGCUGCACAGAAAGGGCCUCAGCAUGCCUGUUGACCACGGAGACAUGCCCAGCGCUGCCCUGACCUCCAGGCCGCUCCGCCAGCUGCUGUACGGGCUGCUGCUGGGCAGAGACACUGGUCUCCUGGUGGAGGAGUGGGACAGAGACGGCCUCAAGCUGGAUCCCAUCCUGGUUCAACCGGACGUCAGAUCAGUCACUCCAGGGCUCGAACUCCGCUCGCUGAACAAGGUGGAGCUAUCCCUGCGCCUGCAGGUGAUUCUUCAGGCCUUGAAGGUGAAGGAGUCGUCUCUGAGCGGCCUGCCGCCUCAGCUGCGCCUCCCGGUGGCCGUCACCUGCUUCUGGCUGCAGAACGCUGAGCCGGCUCCAGACGAGACGCUGCUGAAGUCACUGCUGCUGUGGCUGAGUGACGGAGACGCCCUGAGACACGCAGCAGUGCUGCAGCCUGAAAAUCCACAUCAGGAACCGAAGCUGGACCUGGACGUGGCUCACGCCCUCAACCAGUGGCAGAUGUGCCUGAAGGACAGCGUCCAGCUGAACCACCUGCUGAGCUGCCCCCUCCCCGACCCACACAUCGCACGGUUGUAUGAGGGGACGCUGGUCCACCGGCUGGUCCACAGGAUGAGGACGAUUGGAGGCCUGAGGGACUUUCGGAAGAAGGAUCUGUACCAAUCUAUGCUGUCUGUCGUCCAGCGCUUCAUCAGAGCUGUUGUGCAAUACUGGCCCAACAGAGCACAGGACGAUCCGUCUCUGGACUAUGUGGUGAUGGUGAAAACUCGAUUCAAAACCAAAGAGAGAAACAACCGGUGCAAAAACCCAGAAUUGAACCGUAAAGAGGAGUCG